AUUGUGAAGGGAGGUGCCAGUAUCUAUUUUGCCAGUCUCGAUGGAAAGGCGUAUACAUUGAGUGGUAACCCAAUACAGCCGGGUACUAACCGGUCGAUACAAUUUCGAGAUACCUAUUCCCUGGCUGUACCCCAACCGCCCCCUCAACUCAUUAGUAUUGUUGCCAUAAAAGUACUGGUGCUGACCUGUGCCUACCAGUGCUCCGUAACCUACCGCGUGAUAAGACAGGACCCCAACAAGACUGAGGCGGCCAUCGAUAUCCGGGAACAGUCUCUCUACUGGACUAUUGUAUUGAGAUUUAGUAAUAAAGUCAGACUUAAGGACCUGGACAAAAUUUAA